AUGACGGAUACGGCACCGCUGCUGGGGGAUACCACUGAUGUGUCGCAGUCAUCUGCAGUUGUUGUCCUUAGUACCCUUGUAGAGGAGGGGCGGCUGCUUGAGGAGCGCUCCGACUACCUGAAGCAGAAGUUUAAGGAGCUUUACAACCGUGUGUUGGUGGUAUACAGGCGGGACAACUUCCUCCUAAAGCGUGCUCGUCAGUUAAGGAAGGAACUGGACUCCCAAAGAGAACAAAUCGUAGCACGGGGUAACAAUGCUGUGGAGGACGAUGCAGAGAUUCAGCGGUUGAAGAAGUUGCUGGUAGAGGCUGAGAAAGAGUUGUCGGAUGCCCAAGAGCGGGAGAGCAUUCUUCAGGUAGAGGUACUGGAAUUUGAUCGGAAGAAGCACACAAUGCUGCUUGAGCGCGAGGAUGCUCUUGCCGCUGAAGAGGCGCGUUUGCUUCCUCGCAUGGAGGCCAUUCGUGCGGAGAUGACAGCGCUGGGGAAGGAGGUUGAGGAGCUGACGAUGGAGAUGGGAAACAUUGGGUCAAAGCGCGACGAAAUACUCCUUCAGGAGGCGGAGUGCAAGGAACAGUUGACGCAUUGGAACACAAUCAUGGUGGAAGCCACAAAACAGUUUUCAAACGUUGAGAAAGCCCCCGAACGCGCGCUUCGACAGACGGAGCUGGUUAUCAAAACUUAUGAGGCUGCCCAGAUGGAAAUGAAUUCCCUCGAUGAACGACUGCAGGUUCAAAGCGACACGAUUGCAAAACUUGAACUGAAGCAAAAUACACGUAGCACUGAUUAUGCCCAGGCACUGGCUAAUUUACAGAAGAUUAAAGCGCAAUUGGACUCCAAACGUACCAUGCUUGCGACUUUGAACACAUCCCUAGAAAUGGAGCUGGAGGCACGUCAGGGGUAUCAGCAACGCAUUGCUCAGCUGGAGCAGCUUAUCAAGAGCACAAGCAUUGCGCAGGACAAAGAGGCUGGAGAUUUAGAGCAUGUGCGUCGUGAAAAAGAACGUGUUGCUAUGGAGUACAUGGAAUUGGAGCAUACUGUUUCAAACAUUGUUAGGGGGAAGGAUGCAAUCAAGGAAAGUAUUGCUAACGCCAAAAAAAAAAUGGAACAGGUGCAAGCCAAACGCAAAAAAAAUCUUCAACGUCUUGAAGAGACUCAGCGAGAGUUGGAGCAGCGAAAUCGAGGGUUUCUAAAGGAACAGGGUCGUGAACAGGAAUUUGUCGCAAAGGCAGCUUCUGUACAGGAAGACGUAGCAGCCAUUAAAUGCGAGCUUGCAGGGCGUGCAUCACAGGAAGAACUAAAACGUCGUGAGACCCAUGCACUGAUUAUUCGGCGGCAGGAGCUCAACUGGGCCUGUGCGAAAGAGAAGAGCCGAAUAGCAAUGGGGAAGAAUGAGCUGCGUAUGAAGGGGAUGUAUGUGAAUGAUGUACGUAGGCGGAAAGAAGAGUUGGAGCAGCGGUUAACCAACAUGAUUGAGACGUUUCAGAAAAUCAAGGCGGAGCGUAGUCACAAAGCAGCACAAAUUCAGGCCAUCACGCAGAAAAUGACGGAGAUGUCUGAGAAGAAGACAAUUCUUGAGAAUGAACUUGUUGUUCUUUGCCGUGAGUCGUCUCUUAAGGAAACAGAAUUAGCAAAGAAGAAACGCCAGGUGGAGGAACUUCGUCAGCUGUGUAAGAAUCUUCGCAUGGAAAAAAAUAGGCAUCGCAAGAGCCUGGAGAAGGUGUGCGAUGACGAACGUAAUGUCAAAGGCCAGGUGCGACGAGUGAAUGCGCAGAUUGUGGGUCUCGAAGUGGAAAUGGAUGAUGUGAAACACAGAUACCAUGACGUGAUUGAGAGCCGCAACUAUGCCGGUGUCCAACUCUUUGACCGUAACGAUGAACUUUGUGUCCUGUAUGAGCGUGUAAAUGCGCAGGAAAAGGUCAUACGCGAUGGCGUGCUUAUGAAUAACGCCCGUGACGAGGAAAUACGUACACUACGGAUCAAACUUGCUGAUCUAUACCGCGAGGUGGAGGUGGUGCGAAAGUCUGCUCCGAAAAUAAAAGAGUUGGAGGAGCAGCUGGAACAAAUGACAGAAUAUAUUGACGACGAACGGUGGAAGGUGGAGGUCCUUGAAAACGAUCUGACAAACCCCAAUAAUCCCCACCGAUGGCGUCUCAUUAAGCGAACAACAGCAGGAAGGGAAUUCUCUACUGAGACUGAAAACACAGUGCAGCCUGUGAAGGGGGCAACGCAGGCUUCUGUGCUGACACCCCGUAUCCGCAGUGGUGUGGAUGGCCCCUCUGAUGAAUUUUUACAUUUACAGCAGCGUUGUCAAGAAUUAGAAGAGCGAGUGAAUGCCAUUAACGAGCGUAUUCGAGAGAAGGAUCUAAUUCUAGAGGAGGUGACAGAGCUUUCCUCUCGUCUCGGCGAUCAGGCAAAGACGGGGUGUGAGUUUACGCUGGCGCUUGCGAAGCAGGUAAAUUCCCACCAUAGCAGCAUUCGGGCCAAAACGCGGCAGAUGAUGGCAACCGUUUCUGAGCUCUCUGUUUUUCAAGCCUCUGCCAUUCAGCUUCAACAGGACGUGCAGCGACUAGAGUGCCUUGUUGAAGAGGCGGAACGACUGAUGGAGCAAGGAGAGGCCCCAUUUAUUGAGGCAGAAGAACGGUAUGUGCGGGAGAUGGAAGCUAAACAGCGACAUGCAAGCAUGUUGCGACGUCGAAAGGAGGCGGAGGCGGAGCUGACAGCAGCUUCUACGGGCUUGGUAACUAAGGCAGAGCAGCGGCCGAACGCUUACAUCCCCGAUAGUGAUUUGGGUUUCCCGAGACCGUAUGGUGCGCUUGUCCCGUUUAAGCCUACACCGACGCCGCAGUCUUCACGAUUUUAUAGAGGACAGGUGGAAGGUUAUCAGUCCAGGGAAACACAGCCACGUCUUGGGAAUUCAAAGAUGCCAGUGGAUCGGGUUUCUAGCAGACGGGUUCAUACUUUUAAAGGGCCUAAUCACCUCUCCGUGACACAUUGA